AUGCUGGAUUUGAACUUGGAUCAUUUGUCAAUUGAGGAUGAUGGGUCAGUACUCAAGUUGGCACAGAGUGGAGAAACGUUGAGUCGUGAUCAAUGGGAGAGUUUGGAGAAACUAAUUUUACUGGAUAAAAAAAAUCCACUGGUUGCGGCCGUGUUUAAUAGGGCGCCACGCCCAUUUUUACAGUCAGUUCUGGCCUCGCUAAAGAAUGCCAAAACCGAAGAUUCGAGCGGAAAAAAGGGUGACAUCUUGGACGAAGAAUUCCAACAGAAAACACUUGCAGUUGCCAGGGCCAUUUGUAGACUCGUUGCGCCACUGGACUAUGAAGCUAUCCUGGACAUAUGCUUGGAGAACCUUUCGUCUUCACUUUACUUGCUUCUCUAUACCACUAUUAUUGCGAGCCAUUGCGUCGAUGCGAAGAAAUCUUUCCGUUCUAUUCUUCCAUAUAUCUGCUCCCGCACCAAUACUGUGUCCAUGUGUGUGACCUUAUCCGUGUGUCAACUUCUCCGGAAAGAUCCAUCAUGUGAGCAGGUCCUCGCCUCGCGAAUCGAGGAAAUAUUUCAAGAUGAGCCCUCAAACAUUUCGAAAGAAGACUUUUCUUUUGUGUUCUCUGCUUUUGAGUUGUUUCUCCCGUUGGCGCCUGCGCUGUUGGUAUCUCUCUACUGCUCGGACUCUUGUAGAGACUUGUUCCUUUUCCGCGGUUUGAUCCUUGAUCCUGAUCAAUAUUCAGAAGACUCUGAGAUUGCCGCUAAGCUCCUAAGGGUGAUUUCUGCCUCCUGCAUUUCUCCGGAUGCCCGGAAGUUCAACUCUACGAACUAUUCUCAAUUUCUCAUAGGCGGUACUAAGGUCAAGUCUUCGAAGACCGUGCUCAGUCUAUCAUUGUUGUGCUUGGUGAAGAUAUGGAACUUUUCUGCAUUGGAAGAUAAAUUUCCCGUCCUGGCUAUUCUUUCAGAAGUCUUGAGCUUGCUAAAGAAUACUCAGGAUGACUCUAUUAUUGAACCUCUCAUUGAAGCUUUGACAUACUUGACUCUUAGUGCAUCACUCAGGACAACUGUUCGUAACGACAAAUCGCUUCCUUCUAAGUUCAUGUCUCUCUUCGAAAAGUCCUCCUCCCAGUCUGCGAGGUACGGACUACUCACUAUCUUCAUGAAUUUGACUAGAGUAGCGCCCCCGGGUGCCACCCAGGAUGAACAGACAAAAAACUACUUGAAAUCUGUUGCAGAAUCGAAUAAAACAGGAGAGACAGAGGCGUCAAUUAUCGCGUUCAACAAAGAAAUGAUCAACAAACAGCUUCCCAAACAUUUAAUUGCGUGCAGUUCAGGAAAUGAUAAAUGGAUGGGUCCUAUCGUGCAAAUCAUUUAUUUUCUUACAAUCAAACAGACUAAUGUGGUUGUAUCAGAUGUCGGACUGGACUCUGUACCUGACACUCUUCUCAAGUAUCUCCUAAAUCACACAACCCUUGAGGAGAAUACUGGCAAAACCAAGAGCAAUACGGAUAACAAUUCAACAAACGAGUUUAGAUCUGCAGCAAUCAAGGCUCUAGCAGCAUUGACGAGAGCUCUGAACCCAACGAAGUUAUUCAAAGAGUAUAAGCCUCAGAUUGCAGUUCCGUUUCUCCUUGAAUCAAUUGAUCAGAAGGAAACUCUGGGGACUCUCCAGUCUGAACAAAACUCUUUUUUCAAUAGCUUGGAUUUAUUGUUUGGACUUUUAGCAUUGACGAAUUUGUGUGCCAUCCAAGAUCCUGACCUUCACAGACUCGUUGUGCAGAAAACUUUUGAUCAAUACCUCAAAGAUUUUAUUUUCGAUGGGUCCAAAACCAGCAUACAAAAAGCCGCGUGGGAGCUAGUCAACAACUUAAUGGAAAGUCCAUACAUGUUGGCCAAGUUUUUCAAUCCAGAGAGUUCAACGAGUGCGAAAAAUUUGGCUUUACUCAUCAAAUUUCUUAAUGCUGAAGACGCUUCACUACAGGAAAUUAUCGCUGGCCUCUUGGCAAAUGCAACGUCUGAGUAUGCGCUCGUUAGUUCUGCAAUUACUGCCAACAAUGAAGUAUUCAACGACUUGUCGUCCAUAAUUGGUCAGAUCUUGAACGAGCAAACUCAUAAUCAUGGUCUCUUGUACAGAAUUGGAAUAUUUUUGAUGAAUCUUACGGUUUCUGAGCAGGCUGUCGCUUGUUUGGAGCGAAGCACGGAAAUCAAAACGGGGCUUCGGAGAGCAAUUACAGUCUCAAAGGAACCUGAGCUCUUCCGUGAAAUCUAUCAAACUAUUUAUGAUAUCUAA